GUCGAAGAGAACACGCUGCGUCUGACUUGUUCUCCUCUCUCUCUCUCUCUCUCUCUCUCUGUCGCAUCCCACUCCGUUUUUUCUCUCUCUGCCAUCUUAUUUUUCUCCAACCAGUAAUAUUCAUAGAAACCAGAAACAGACGCUAAUUUGGAAAAAUUCAAAAACUCAAACAUCUUGUGAUUUGAGGGAGGAGAGAGAAACACAGAGAGAGAGAGAAGAAUUCGAAUUCGCAAUGUCGUGGUUGAGAUCGGCGGUGCACAAAGCAGUGGAAGUCGGCGGGAAGAACAAUCUCACCCGCACCGUUCGAAAUUACGCCGAUUCCGUCGUCCUUACCGCCGGCAAUGCUGUUUCCGAAGGGGCCAAGCUCAUCCAGGACCGCAUCGGAUCGAGGAACGUGAAGAGCUUCAGCCUCGCGGUGAAGAGGCUAGAAGAGGUUUCCGUCUCUUCCAGGGGCGGCGAGAGAGUGCAGCUGCUAAGAAGGUGGCUCGUCGCUCUUAGAGAGAUCGAGAGAAUCUCUGAUUCGUAUUCCGAUAACAACAGUCUCAAAACCGACGAUCAGAAUCAACCUAAUCCCGACGAAGCCAAGGAUUCUCCCAAAAACUUCAGCACCGUGAGUAACCCAAAUCCUCAUGUCUCUCUGCAUUAUUAUAACCAUGUUGGGGGCUUAUCGUUUGUGAAAACUGGACAGGUUUAUUACGUUGAUCCUGGAUUGCCUGGUGAGCCAAUGACUUUCCGCGACGUGUUUCUUCACAGUGAGGCGCUUGAAGGGAUGGUACUGUCUAUGAUUCUUGAAGCACCAAAUGAGGAAGAAAUCCAGCUGCUUCUGGAACUGUUUGGGCUCUGUUUGUCAGGAGAGAAGGAAGUCCACCAGGCGGUGAUUCAAAAUGUUCAGGACUUGGCAACGGUGUUUUCGAAAUACAAGGAUGAAGUUCUGCUCAGAAUAGAUACUGAGGCCCAUACUCUGAUGGAGACACUCGAUAAGACCAAGGUCAAGGUUCUCGAGCAGGCUUCAAAUGAAGAUAGCUCAAAAACCGCUGGAACCAACAAUGCUGCAUCUACAGAGGCUCUCAGAGAAAUUCUUGAACAAGUUCGCACUUUUUCGAAGCUAGAAGCACUCUUGCUGAAGAAAAAAUCAUUAGGAAAUGGUGAUUCCCUUCAACGACACAGUGAGAAGGUUGAUAAACUGAAAGUUCUGUCAGAAUCGUUACUCAAUUCUACCUCAAAAGCCGAAAAACGAAUCGUGGAUCAUAGAAGCCAGAAAGAAGAAGCUCUUAGCUACCGAGUUUCCAAAACUAAUGAAGUCAGCCAGCUGGAGAAGGAUUUAGCGGCAGAGCUAAAACAACUUGAGAUUUUGAAGGAUGAUCUUGAAGCUGAGCUGAAAAGAGUCAACACCUCAAUAACGUCUGCUCGGGGUCGUCUUCGCAAUGCCAGAGAAGAAAGUGAGCAGUUUGAUAAUGCGAGUAAUGAAAUUCUUAUGCACCUGAAGUCAAAGGAAGAAGAGCUGACUCGUUCGAUAUGUUCAUGCCGAGUAGAGGCAGAUGUUGUAAAUAAGUGGAUCAAGUUUUUGGAAGAUACCUGGAUUAUCCAGUCUAAUUUUGCUCAACAAAAGGAAAAACAAGUGAGUGGGGAGAUGGAGAGAUAUGGUGAUCAUUUCAUCGACCUGAUUGUUCAGCUCCUCUCUUUCUACAAGGAACAGUUGGAUCCUUCUUUACCAAAGAUUCGAAGAGUUGUCGGAAAUCUGGAACCAAGUAAAGGGUUAGAAACAGAAAAAAAGAUAGAGGAUAAGGAUGGAAAGCCAAUCGAUUCUAGAAAACAGCUUGAGAAGGAGUAUCUGGACCUCGAAGCUAAGUUUGUAACAACACUAAGUGUGGUAGAUGCGAUGAAAAAGCCAUUCUAUUCACAGACGGAAGGUAUCACCAGGAAAGACGAUAAAAGAGUGAAAGAGUUAUUUGAGGCAUUGGACAAAACAAGAGAAGAGUUUGAGUCUAUCGAACGCCCGCUUCUGGAUAUCGAGUCUCCUUCAAGGACAUCCUCUUCUUCACGCUCACCGUCCCUGAAAAUGAGUCAAGAGAUUCCACUUUCCGACAAAGUCCUGAAAGAAUCUGGUGAUGAUGGUUCGCCAGACAGUGCAAAGAAACAGCUCGAGCUGGAACUGGACGACGGAGAAGAGUUCUUGGCAGAUGAAAUCAAUGACUGGGAAUUCGACGCUCUUGAUGACACUCACCUCAAAGGCCAAUAGCUGAUGACCCCAAAAUUUUGCAAAGCGGAUGAUGGAGGAAGAGGAGGAGUAUAUCUCUAUUACACUAACUGAAAGGUUCUGACUUUCCAGAGUUACAUAAAACAUAUAAAAGGAAAUUGUAAGUUUCUUUUCCUUCUUUUUGAAUUUUUCUAAUUUGAAAUAUGAUCAAAUGUAGAUACAGUAUAUUACCUCCUUGUACUGUAUACUCUUACCUCUCCCGACAUAUUUUUUGUCUUACCUUCUUCGAAUUAUACAUAUUUAUACAGUUUUCCUCUUUCAUUUUCGUUCCUAUUUGAGUAUUUAUUAACAUCUUAUGUCAUAAACUAUAGUAUAUGAUGGCAAAUGAUCUAAAUGCCUUGU